CAUAUAAUCCCAAAUCAAAACUCGUAAGAAGAAGAAGAAGAAGAAAAUUGCAGAAGAUUUCAUCUUCUUCCUUGUUCUUCCUCUAAUCUCACAGAGAGAUCGCCAUUGAUGAGCUGAUCUUCUUCCACACAAUUCCUUCUCUCCUCUUUAUAAUGCGCGCCCUUCUGACCUUAAUACCGUCGUCGUCAAACCCUCCACCGCCAUGUCUUUCUUCUCUCCAUUUCUCUCCUCCUCUUUCCUCCUCUUUCCUCUUCAGCUUCAGACCUAACAAACGCUUCCAUUUCCUCAAGCCGUGUUCCUCUCUCAAGCAAUCCAAGAAGCCUACUCUUCAGAAAUCACCCACUACUGCCCCUCAGAGCUUCAAGUGGCUCUUUAGCCCCAAAUCCGACGAGGAUGACGACGGCGACGUCGAUGAAGGGAGUAAGGGCGCGGAGGGAGAUCAGGCGGCUUUGGAAGAUGAUACUGCGGUUAAGGGUACUCUUUUGGCCGGUGUGUUGCUUGUUGGGGUUAUCGGUGGAUUUGCGUUUGCUGGAUAUGUUUACAGGGACCCGAUUAAUGCGUUUUUGAAUCAAUUCUCGACGUUUAUUGAUGGAUAUGGUCCAGCAGGAUAUGCUUUAUUUGUAGCAGUGUAUGCAGGAUUGGAGAUUCUUGCAAUUCCAGCCAUUCCAUUAACAAUGUCAGCUGGGCUACUCUUUGGCUCUUUGAUCGGGACGGUUAUAGUUUCGAUCAGUGGAACGGUUGCUGCUAGUGUUGCGUUUUUGAUUGCUCGGUAUUUUGCUCGUGAGCGAAUUCUUAAGCUCGUAGAAGGAAACAAAAAAUUUGCUGCCAUUGAUAAAGCUAUUGGAGAAAAUGGUUUCAAAGUAGUCACUCUCCUACGUUUGAGCCCUUUGCUUCCAUUUUCUCUUGGAAAUUAUUUAUAUGGACUCACAUCUGUCAAAUUUGUCCCCUAUGUGUUGGGAAGCUGGCUUGGGAUGCUUCCGGGAACGUGGGCUUAUGUGAGUGCGGGUGCCUUUGGACGUGCAAUUAUCCAAGAAGAAUCUGAAGUUGGUUUGCUUGGAGGGGGAAAUGGUCAGCUGUGGACUUUAGGACUUGGAUUGUUGGCGACAGCAUUGGCUGCUGCAUACGUUACACGAUUAGCCAAGGAUGCUAUGAAGGAUAUUGAAUAGACAUGGCGCCUUGUUGAAUGUAGAAGGUAUAAAUUUUGAAAAUUGGCAAUGCUCUGUAUAUUUUUUUUAUUUGACCAAUUAAGAGAAACUUCUUACUGCUGCUGAUAAUGUACAAUAUUUACAAUAAUCAAUUUAAUUAAUCUAAUUGUAAUAUUAACUCUUUUUUA